GAUAAUUGAGCGUCGAUCUCUGUCAGCACGAAUUAGGUUUUCCAUAAAGGCAAAAUUGAAGACCCAACCACGGAGGGCCCAGACUCGAGCCUUGUCAAGAAGUCGCCGUCGUGGCGACAAGCGGGAUUGAGCCUCGAAAGCUUAGGCGCCCAAAAGGUUCCCCAGCCCAUAGCCUCUGGCUCUUUGUCCUCCAUGGGGAAGGCACCGUCCCAUCCACCAUCCACCAUCGGCCGGGUGCGGUUGCGGGCGCCGAGAAGGGGAAACGGUGAGGAGCCAGUCGACCCGCUUAACGUUAGGCGGGGGCCCACCCUUAAGCUCUCCGCCAGACACUACCAGCUACAGAGGACGCUACAGUGGCUACAGAAGGUGGAGGCAGCGGGGGCGGGCAAAGUCCCCUGGGCGUUGACGCUCCAAGGGUCGCUUCCAGGGUCCCUCCAACCCUCAGGUCCCUCAGGUCCGGGACACCCACAGCCAAUAAUCGGAGAGAUCGAGAGGGAAACGAGAAGGCUCUCUGUCGCCUCCGCGCCCUGUCUUUUCGGCGCGGAGGAGGCUGCCGGCCCCGACGGACGGACGGUGGUCUGGCGAGUGGCGAGUUGCCUGGCGAGUUACCUUGCGAGUUACUUGGCGGUGACCUUUGGGAAGCAGGGGUCCUUUAUGGAACCGUUCUGGCCAACCUCGUGCCUCCAGCGUGCAAUUGCUGUGCUAAAUUGCUGUGCUACCGACGGACACCACCCAAAGGUCCCCGCCCCGGCCAUCCCUGCCCACCGGCCUGGCCAAGACCAACCUUACCCUGACUUUUUUCGAUUACCCUGGCCUGACAAAGAACCUUGA